AUGUCUACUGCCCAUCAGCCAUCACUGCCGUCGCUGCCUGCUCACUGGACGUCGCCGCACACUGGCAUACAAACGCAGCCCGCAAAUGAACCCGCGCGCAUCGUCUUCACACGACAGCUGUGGCAGCGAACCAUGCCAGACGGGAGCCGGAGUGAUCAGGUUGUCUUGAACAGGUUUCACCCUCAGGAGAAGUCCGACGGCACUGUCGUCGCCGCUAGUUCCAGUAGGCGGACUUCUUCUGCGUCGUCUCGGAGGCGUUCACCCAGUCCGCUGCGUGCGAAGACGCCUUUGACACCCGAGGAGAGUCCCCCUUGUAGGACAACAAGGAAGCGCACCGCCGGUAUUGUCGAGGAAGAGGACAAAGACGCGGAUCUUAUAGAGCCCACCUCUGCUCAUACGAGACAGAGUAGUGGUGACAGUGCUGCUCACGUUUGUAUCUGCCAACCAGAUCCGAAGAUACCAAGACCGCGAAACGCUUUCAUCCUUUAUCGACAACACCACCAAGCGAACGUCAUUUCACAGAAUCCCGGUCUAGCGAACCCUGAAAUCUCGAAGAUCAUCGGCGAGCAGUGGCAGAACCAGCCUCCUGAAGUCAAGAACAAGUGGAAGGCCUUGGCCGAGGAGGAGAAGAUCCGUCAUCAGCAACAGUACCCGACUUACCGCUAUCAGCCCAAAAGAAGCGGACGUCGCAAUAGUCUGUCAUCUGACGGCCUUGCGAACGCUGAAAAGCCCAGGUGUACCAAGUGCGGAGGAAGAAGUAUUCUGGCACCAUCGACCCCCUACAGUUUGCAAUCCAGUGGGCUCAGCCCAGCAUCAUCACAGCACACACCUGCUUCUGCCAUCACACCAGUCUCGAGAACACUUCCAGUCUUGCGAGACUUGAGUCUGCAGUCUCCAGCAGCUCGUCGCAUGGUCAAGCAAUGUCCUGGAAGCAACAUGUCACCAAGUCAUCACGGCCAUCCAGAUGAGAGAGAUGAACUGGGUCCUUUGAGCCCAGACGCCAAGCGUCGUCGUUUCAAUGGCGAUCAUCCUUCAUCAAUGGCUCGUCCGAUGCCACCGCGAUACGUAGUGGCGCCGCCUCCUGGGCCAGCUGUUGGACCAGGAACGCCAUUCCCUUUCGGACAACAACAACCACACCCUUACCCACCAGGCGCCGUUCAUGCACGACGCGAAAGCUUGCCAGGUAUACGCGGUGUCGUCAGCCAACCUGGAACAAUGGCGCCGCCUCCAAGACCUGGGCCAGGUUACCAACAACACCGCCUGUCACAGGGCCACAUCACACACGAUCGAUCUUUGACAUUACCGCCGCUUCAGACUGGAAAUUCAGGCGGAAUCGCUGUUGCUCUCGCUACACCUGCUCUCGGCAAGUCCGCGAAAGAUCAGAUCAUGACCAUGGAUUUCAGCCGCAAAGUCGCUAUCCUUCGACGCGUCGCUCCUCCGGGUAUCAUCAAGAAGUCAGCUCCUCGCGGUCCAUUCGUGGCCAUUGAAGGUGAUACGCCCGAAGCUGUCAAAGACCUUGGAACAUGGCUGAGUGACACCCUCCGAAAGGAUGACGACCUCGGCAUCAGUCUGCUCGAAGGACCAAAGCUUUCUACUGGAGGCACAAAGGAGUCACUGAUGUCGCAAUACCAUCGUCUUGUAGCAGACUGGCUGACCAAGAGCGGCGAGAUCAGAGAAUCGCUUUCAAGCAAAGUAGGAUCGCCUACAGAUUCUGUCAUGGUCGAUGCUGUACCCACACCAGCAUCGAAGCCGAAAGGCAGAGAAAUCGACGAGGACUACGACGACACUGACUCGUCAUCUCCAAAAGAGCGUGUAGUAGCCGGCGCCGAUGGCGAGUACCACGGUCGGGAGAGUCGAAAGACUUCAGAUCCAUCAGCAAUGGAUGUCAGCACACCUGUCAAGACCACAACCGACGGCAGCAAUAGAGAUACUACUGCGACUGGCAAGCCCGUCAGCAUCAUCGCCAACUACUCCCUCCACGCCAGCAACUUCUUCGCAUGUCACAUCCCCAUCGGCUCGAAUGAUCCUUACUCGGCUGUGGACCACUGGCAAUGGACCGCGUCGCAGUGGCGUGGGAUUAUAGGGCCUGAUCUGACCAUCUACAUUCGCGAUGCUGCGGCAGGCGACAUGGGAAAGCAGAGCGUUGAUAUUAUCGAGGAGGGCAAUUUGUUUGUUGUGAAGAGAACGAAGGCCGAAGGCAAGGAGACGUCGGAGAUUGAGGCCAGUACUUUGAGGCGUUUGGGAUUCGAGGUGAGCGAGUGGGUCAGAGCUUUUGGGGCGAAUGCUGUGGCUGAGUAG